AUGUGUGAACGCAGUCUCUACAGAGCGGGCUAUGUGGGCUCGCUUCUGAAUCUGCAGUCGCCCGACUCCUUCUACUUCUCCAACCUGCGGCCGAAUGGCGGCCAGUUGGCCGCGCUUCCCCCUAUCUCCUACCCGCGCGGCGCUCUGCCCUGGGCCGCCGCGCCCUCCUCGUGUGCCCCGGCGCAGCCCGCGGGCGCCACCGCGUUCGGUGGCUUCUCGCAGCCUUACUUGGCGGGUUCCAGCCCCCUUGGCCUGCAGCCCCCUGGCGCCAAGGAUGGCCCCGAAGAGCAGGCCAAGUUCUAUACUCCAGACGCCGCCACUGGGCCCGAGGAACGCGGCCGUGGGAGGCCGCCCUUCGUCCCCGAAUCUAGCCUGGCCUCCGGGGCCACUGCCCUCAAAGCAGCCAAGUACGACUACGCGAGUGUGGGCCGCACGGCGGCGGGCUCAGCGGCCUUGCUCGAGGGGGCACCCUGCGCCGCCGCCAGUUUCAAGGACGACGCCAAGGGCCCGCUCAACUUGAACAUGACAGUGCAGGCGGCCAGCGUCGCCUCUUGCCUGAGACCUUCGCUGCCCGACGGCCUGCCGUGGGGGGCGGCCCCGGGGAGGGCCCGCAAGAAGCGGAAACCCUACACGAAGCAGCAGAUUGCCGAGCUGGAGAACGAAUUCCUCCUCAACGAAUUCAUCAACCGGCAGAAGCGCAAGGAGUUGUCCAACAGGCUGAACCUCAGUGACCAGCAGGUCAAAAUCUGGUUCCAAAAUCGCCGCAUGAAAAAGAAGCGCGUAGUGCUGCGCGAGCAGGCGCUGGCGCUCUACUAG